UCAAAACAGCUUUACAUAACUACUCUGAUACCACACCGGAAAGCAACAGCGGUUACAAUCAGAGGUGCAGUUUUGGAUCUCGGUGAAGAAUGGCCAAAACUAUCAAAUCCGCUGUGGCAGACGCUCUGGACGACUUGACAAAGGGGGACUUUGAGAAGUUCUGUCACCAGCUUCUGGACCGCAGAGAACAGCCGCGCGUAAAACGCAACAAGGUGGAAGACAAAAGCCGUCUGCAGGUCACAGACGCGCUGGUGUCUACUUUUACUGAGGAGGGGGCUCUGACCGUGGCUCUCGAGAUCCUGAAACAGAUCGGCUGCAGCGACGAGGCCAAAGAACUUGAGGAAGCUACAGGUGGAAAAUCCUCAAAACCUGCUCCCGCUGACACCUCGAGUGAGUCAGCUGGAGCAGCUGGUGGAAGUAAAACAGCAGGCGGAAAGCACUUCGUGGAUAAACACAGAGUCCAGCUGAUCCAGAGAGUGAGCAACAUCGCACCCAUUUUGGAUGAGCUCCAAGACAAUGAAGUUAUCAACCAAGAACAAUAUGCCAGAAUUAGAGCUCUGCCUACCGCUCAGGACAGGAUGAGGGAGCUCUACAGUGGUCCCCUGCAAGCCAGUGCAGCCUGCAAAGACAUCUUCUAUAAAAUCCUUUUGGCAAAUGAGAAAUUUCUCGUUGAUGAGCUCCGUCAACAGGAUAGAACGCUACAGGUGGACAGUCCUCAAAACGUGGUUCCACUGACGCCUCGAGUGGCUCAGCUGGAGCAUCUGGUGGAUGUACAAUGGCAGACGAUACCAAAGGAAGCUACAGGUGGAAAAUCCUCAAAACCUGCUCCCGCUGACACCUCGAGUGAGUCAGCUGGAGCAGCUGGUGGAAGUAAAACAGCAGGCGAGAACGCUACAGGUGGACAGUCCUCAAAACGUGGUUCCACUGACGCCUCGAGUGGCUCAGCUGGAGCAUCUGGUGGAUGUACAAUGGCAGACGGAAGGCAUUUUGUGGACAAACACAGAGUCCAGCUGAUCCAGAGAGUGAGCAACAUCGCACCCAUUUUGGAUGAGCUCCAAGACAAUAAAGUUAUUGACCAAGAACAAUAUGACAGAAUUAGAGCUCUGCCCACCCCUCAGGACAGGAUGAGGGAGCUCUACAGUGGUCCCCUGAAAGCCAGUGCAGCCUGCAAAGACAUCUUCUAUCAAAUCCUUUUGGCAAAUGAGAAAUUUCUCGUUGAAGAUCUUUCAAAGAACUAAAUGUGUUGGAAAAAAACACAUUUUUAGACCAAAUGUACACGAUGUACCUGAACAAAACAUGUUUACAUUAAAAAGGUGGAGAUGUCUUUUCUUUGUGGGGGUUUAUAAAAAAGGCUCCUGUGCUUUAAUUUAGAAAAUUGUUCUGCUAUGUGGUGCCUUUGCUCCUCACUGACUCCCCUUUAAUUUUACAUGAAACACUUUGGAUAUUUACAAUUUUUUAUAAUAAAAAUGUAAAUUGUAUCAUUUAAAAAUUAAUUGACGAUGUCAUUAGCCAUGUUUUCAUCCAUGACUCAAACUGUCAUAAAUUUGUUUUCAGAUUUCAUUAUCUUCUAUAAAGUAAAACCUAAUGCAAACAUUUAUUGUCCUUAAAAAUAAACCAGAAUCAAACUUGAAGAAUUCGUUUUGGUGAAUAAUUAAAAGUAUUUUAUAAA